AAGGCUAGUUAAACCGCGCGGUACUAGAACUAGUCUUGCGUUUUUCAGCACUGUCGUUGGCACCUUGUAAACUCUGAUUUGGAAAUCUUACACAAAAGGUCCUCUUAUAAUGUAAUGAAAUCUUUUCAAAGCAUUUUACACUCACUUGGCGUUUGUGCAUUGUUAGAGGGAAAUGAUAUUGCAUUCCUCAAGAGUCUGGCUACUAUAAAAGAGUAUACCUAUCGCAAAGGGAAUCACAGUUGUCACUCGUUAAAGUAUUUCGAUUGCUCUCUUCACUGAAAAACUUUCUUACCCUUCCACGAUGGAAAAAUCAGAGAAUUCUGCUUCGACCAAUACACCGAGAGCUGGCUUCUCUAUUUCAAAUCUUCUAGGCCUCGAAAGCGAAAACAUGGAAAAGUUUCAAAAACUCGACGAAUACUCGACAAGCAAAGAUGAAGAAACCCCGCGCUCAACUCCCGUCAAACCAGAGAAAAGCAAGCGAAAACGCGCGUCCCCCGACCCUGAGGAGGGAAGUGACGGGGGAAAACGCUACAGAGCCACUUUUGACAAAGCUCAGAUCUUCCAGAUGGAGCGAGUGUUUCUGCUCAACCACUACCCUGAUGUAGCCGCGCGAUCCGAACUGUCGAGGAGGACUGGACUAUCGGAAUCUCAAGUACAGAUUUGGUUUCAGAACCGAAGAGCUAAAUGGCGCAAGCAACAGCGCAAGCGACGUCACGAGAUCCCUGCCUUAUUUGGACUUGGUUACCCGACACACCUAGCGCGCCUCUACCCAGGCUACGAACCCUACGGAAUGUUCCCGUAUGAGUACUACAACACAGACUUCUGGGCAUGCGCACAGCAACAAAUUGCCGCCAUGCACUACACAGGGAUCCCAGCGCCAGGUCUUAGCGUCGUACCCAGUCCACCAAGGAGUACAGAGUCCAGCCCGGUCCAGUCGCCUGUCUCGUCCCCAAGCUCUUCGCCUACUAAAGAAGUUGCGAGUGCCCCGGGCGCUAGUCAACAUACUGAAGGCGGGAAUCAGUUUGAGGUGAAAAAUGAUACAAGUUUGAUGUCCUUAAGAUUAAAAGCAAAGCAGCAUAUGGAAGAAUUAGAAAUAGACGUCACGGAAUAAUAGGCCACGAACAAACUGCAAAUAUUAUUUUAGGAAUAUAACGUUGAAUUGAAAACAAACUAGGUAUGGUGUCAAAAAUAAUAAUAAGGCCAAUUUUAAAAACCCUUUUUCAUAGUUCUGUGUUUCAACCCAACUUUAUGUUUCUUGGAUUUUUUUUAUGAAACAAUAAUUUAUUUUUAUAUAUAUAUAUUAAUAAAAUGCAAAAAAGUACAAACAUUUAUCACAGAGACAAGUAAAAUAGUAAAACUGAGAAACUUUUGUGGAAAAAACGUUUAUGGUGAACACUUUAAGUGUUAAGAACGGUUAUUUGUAGUAUCACUAUUUAUGUCACAAUAUUUCUAUUUAUGUCAAAAUUUCCACUUUAUCAGGUAACUUUAACACAGAUUUUCUUAUAUCCUACAACAAAUAAAAAGUAAAAAAGUAUGUUAUUUUCAAUAAUGCAGGAUUUUAUCUGAUGUACAUAUUUGUAUAACAUUGUAUAAACAAAAGAGCUUGCAUCCAGUAAAUUAUAUGGAAUUCCUAUUUAUAAGUAUGCAAAAUGGAAAUAAAAAUUGCAAGGAGUAAAAA